AUGACAGCCUUUGUAGCCAAAUCCCUUCUCACCUGUGCACAGUCUCCGAAAAUUUUCGCUGGUUUUUGGACAGAUUCUGACAAUGAACGGGAAUCUGAUGAGGCAAAACUUAAGGGACUGAGCAGACUGAAACUGGCCAGUGAGCACACCGUGAUUGUCAAAGAAUGUUAUCUUUUCCUAAAAAACAUUUCUACGUUGGGUCAAAAGAAGAUCCGCUUGUCGGAGGAAAAUGAUGAAGGAAGCCCGUCGUUAACGCUCACCACAGAUUUCAGAGUUGCUUUUGCUGCACCAGAAAAGGUCGACAAGUCGACGGAGGUAAAAUCGCCAGAAUAUGCAGGUCUGAUUGAUUUUCAGAGUUUUCUGAGUGGUGGGACCUCUCCGUUCGGUCUUCUACGCCUUCCAACUCUAACAGAGUUAUUCUCACUACCAUUCAUAGGUAAAAUGAGUCGACAAGGGCUUCAACAUCCUGAACAGAAACUAGAAGAGAACCUUCCUCUGAACCGACUAAUGACAUUCAAACCUUUCCGACCGGAAGACCUACCAACGCUCCCAACUUUUCCACCACUCCUUCUUCCUGACUUUCUGCGAAUGGCUGAACCAACACCGGCGGCGAGUAACCGCGAUCGAUGCGUUUCCAAGCUCUCCAAGGAGUUUAGAGAGAACGAGAUGUACUAUGAUUACGUUCAAGAACAGGUUGAUGAAGCAAAUAUCACAGCAGCCUACGAUCUGGUUCUUGCAAAGGCAAUUGAAAUCUGCAGUCCUGAACAAGUGGAACGUCUGGAGUCAUUCAUGAAAAAAUACGAAACACUGCAGAAGAAUAUUGAGGAGUUGGCUCCUGAAUACCCCAAGGAAACAAGAGACCAAGUGCUACAAUGGUUGAGGGAAGAGAAUUAUUUGGCGAUCAAUGGCUUCAUCUCGAGAGAGAGUAUGGCUAACCUAUUCAAUGCGGCGAAGAAUUCCAAACUGAUGCAAAUCUCCUUCCAGCUUACAUCGAUGCAAAUCGACCUCUUCUUCAAUCCUAUAUAA